CCGUGGCAGGAAGCUGGAAGCGGUAGCCAGACUUGAAGCCCCAAUGAAAAACGAUGGUUUCCUGCAUCGCAUAUCACCGCCUUUGCUAGUCAAGAAGAGCGCAGACUUCUUCAACCCUCCACUUUUGCUGCUAGAAAGUCCAGAGAAGUUGAAGAUUUUGAAGGACAAAGCAUCGAAUUUCGACACGCACGGACUAGACGGGCAAGACUAUGCUGAACGGGCG